AUGUUAGUGUGCAAAGGAAAUCCUUUCCUGGAUAGUUUGGGGCUUCUAGCCCUUGUCACGUUUGCAUCGCGAGUCACGGCCACCGGCACCAGUCAACUUCCUACGGUUGACCUCGGAUAUGCCAUUCAUCAGGCCACUUACAAUGACUUGAGGAAUUGGUUCAAUUUUUCCAAUAUCCACUACGCUAGCGCGCCCCGGUUCGGAGCACCCGCUCCGGUGACCAUCGUGGAUCGCCAAAUCAACGACGGACAGACCCCGGGUAUCUGCCCUUUGAAGCUUCCAACAUGGUUCGGAUUAGAAACUUUAUAUCUGAGUGGGCAGAUGUCUUUGGAAGAAGUCAACUCAACUUACAUCAACCUUCAAAAUUUGAGCCCAUCCUCGGACGCGUCAUUGAUAAACCAGUACCUGGUCGAGCCAGAUCCACGUGUCACAGAAGAUUGCUUGACAUUAGAUGUCGUGGUACCAGAGAAAGCAUGGAAAAGAGCUCGUGAUGCCUCAGGAGCCGCUCCUGUUCUUGUAUGGCUCUAUGGAGGCGGGUAUACCGUUGGCGACAAGAACUACGCUGGAAACCCCGCAGGCCUCAUUGAGAAAGCUCAAAUGGACGGGUCUGAUGGUGUCGUCUACGUUGCUAUCAACUAUCGACUCGGUCUCUUCGGUUUCGCCUCUGGUCCAGACUAUGAGGAACAUGGCGGUGUGUCGAACCUGGGCCUCCGCGAUCAAAGAUUUGCCCUUGAAUGGAUACAAAAGAACAUUCAUCUCUUCGGAGGGGACCCUGAAAAUGUCACUGUACUGGGAGAAUCUGCGGGCGGCGGCUCAAUUCUUCAUCAGAUCACGGCGUAUGGCUCUACUAGCCGCGCUCCAUUCAAGCGUGCCAUCCUUCAGUCUCCUGGUCUUGAGCCCAAUGUCGGGACCACUAAGCAAUCUCUGAGGUACAACAAGGCGCUCAAUUGGGCAUCCUACUUCAGUAACUCUAGCGUAAAGACCCUCAAAGACCUUGAACAGCUUCCUUUCGAUGUGGUUGAGAAGGUCAAUCAGAUGACAGUGGCGACCACGAACUGGGGCUCCUUCGGAUGGGGCCCUGAGACAGAUGGAGAUUUUGUGCCGGAGCCGCCAGGCGUCCUUCUGUCGAAAGGGAGAUUCGACUCGUUCGUCGAGGUUUUGACCGCACACAACAGUGACGAGGGCUCCAUCUUCGCCUCACCCCUCAUCGAGUCCAACGAGCAGUUCAUUUCCUCUCUUCUAAAGCCUCUCCUCCCCGAUGCUCCAGACAAAGUCAUCGAGUACAUCGCCACCGAGCUUUACCCACCAAUGUACGAUGGAACUUACCUCUGGACAACGCCACUUGAGCGAACAUCUACAGUCGUUGCCGAGUCCUGGUUCAUUUGCAACAACUAUAUGCUUAACAAAGCGCUGGCUGGCAACGCUUUCAAUUACCUUUUCGACGUUGCUCCCGGCUACCACGGUAACGACAUUCCCUACACGUUCUUCAACAACGAGACCAGCUCAGCCGGGGGCCCGUUGAAUGCUUCCAUCGCGUAUACUCUGCAGGCUUACCUUACCAACUUCGCUUUGACAGGAAGCCCGAACGGAGCCGGUCUGCCUGAUAUAGCCCGAUAUGGCGCUGAAAAGACCGUCUUGUCUCUCUACAACAGGACGCAAGUCGUAGAUAUGACUGCUAGUGAACGAUGCGAUUGGUGGCAGAUGACGUUGCACAGAUAUGUUGAUGGCUAUUCGGCAAUCACCUAUGAUGAAGGUGAAGAACGACUUUUAGCAAUAGUAGAUGCUGUACGAUGA